UUGUAUUUUAUUAGAAUGAUUCGCUGUUCGAGUGCAAGAACGAUAGUGAAUAAUUUGUAUGAGGUACCAGAAAUUAUUGUGAAUCAAAAUAAAUUGCUGGAGUAAAUAACAGUUUGAUGACGUUGUUGAAGAUUUGCAACAACAAAUGAACAAUGAAUUGUGGAAAUGAAAUCCAGAUCUACUUACCUACUCCUGCUAGCUGCUGUGUUGAUACUUCUCAUUCUCUACUUAAACAGUGUAAUGAAUAAAGAUCAAGACAAAGUUUUUGACAAAAAAGAAAUUGAAUUUAGUUUAGUUGCUAAAAACUCCAAACUUCCGUCAAACUUGUCUGUUUUCAAUGUUAAAAUGAACUUAACAGAAAAGAAAAAAUUGAUAGACAUUAUAUCUACAUUUGCUAUAUUUAUGGAUUCUUUGAAUCUAACAUACCUGUUAUAUGGAGGGAGUUUGUUGGGUGCCUAUAGGCAUGCAGGAAUUAUACCCUGGGAUGAUGAUAUUGAUGUCUGGAUUAAUAGCUCUCAAUCAGAACAGUUUAAACAGGAAUUCCAUAAAAUAAAGGAAUAUAAACUGCAUCAUCAACCAAAUUCUCAGUGGAAAAUGUUUUCUAUACAUGGUACAGACAUAAAAGAUGAAUCUUAUCAAUGGCCAUACAUUGAUAUACUAUUAUUUAAAGAAAAUGAAACACAUAUAUGGGAUUCGUUAGAACAAUACAAAGAUUUAUUUGUUUACAAAAAGUCUGAUGUUUUUCCAUUGAAAAAGUGCAAUUUUGAAAAUUUACUACUAAAUGUUCCAAUUAACACAGAAACAAUUGUGACAACCAAUUAUGAUCCAAACAUUUGUGUUACUGGAAAAUUCAAUCAUAAAAGUAACCAGCCAAUCAGACAACAACGACAGGUCAUACCAUGUAAACAUUUGUCUCAAUAUUAUAAAUUUGGAUCAAACUGUUAAGGAUUGAAUAAUGUAUUAAUAAAAGCUUUUAUACAUAUGUAUGACAUUUUGUUUGAUCUCCAUUUUUACUGAACAAGAACACAUUUUUAUAAAGGGACAAAC